AUGGUAUCGAGGCAGAUGAAGACAAGGUCAAGUCUAUCAGAGCAAUGCCUCCCCUCCCAUUCUCAAAAGGAGUUAAACAAGUUCCUCGGGAAGGUGUCUUGUAUUCAGAGGUUUAUCCCAGCACUUGUAGAGAUCUCUGCCCCUUUUGGCUCAUUAUUAAAAGGAGAUGCCAAGUUCGAGUGGAACAAAGAGCACCAAAAGGCCUUUGAGAGAAUCAAGGCGGCCUUGACCUCGCCUCAAACCAUGAUAGCUCCGCAGCCCGGGAUGCCUCUAAUGUUGUACCUAACCUCAACCCCCAAGUCCAUAGGGGCAUUAUUGGUCCAAGAUGUAGAUGGAGCAGAACGCCCGGUGUAUUACAUCAGCCGAAAGAUUCGAGGAGCAGAAGUCCGAUAUACUCCAGUAGAGAGACAUUGUUUUGCCUUGGUAUUCACUGCCCAAAAGCUCAGGCAUUACUUCUUAGUACAUCAGAUUCAGAUUGUUACUAUAAGUGAUCCAAUCCGAUACCUCCUCAGCAAACCUGCUCUAACCGGGAAGGUGGCAAGAUGGUUGUUAGCACUGGGUGAAUUCGAGAUCACAUGUGUAGCUCCCAAGGCAAUCAAAACCCAAGCCCUAGCCGAUCUCCUUGCCCAAUUUCCAAGUGGUGACUAUGAACCAGUGAAUGAAGAAUUAAAAGGAGAGGUCCAUGCAACUAUGGCUUCUGAGGAAAGCUUUUGGACAUUGAGCUUUGACGGAGCAGCAGUCGGAGGGAAAGGAGGAAUCGGGAUAGUCCUUACAAGCAAAAGUGGGGAAAAGUUAUAUUUGUCUUAUAAACUGGAUUUCCAUUGUUCGAACAAUGAAGCCGAGUAUGAGGCUCUUAUUUUAGGUUUGAUAGCAGCUGAGAAGCAUAGUAUUAAAAAGAUUCGGAUUCGGGGGGACUCAAAGCUAAUAGUGAAGCAAGUUUCAGGACAGUUCAUCUUAAAGGAGCCUGCCUUGGCCACAUAUCGAACAACUGUCCAGAGGCUUCUUGACAAAUUUCAGAAGGUCGAAAUAGAGCAUGUGCCUCGCUCCGACAACAAGUUUUCAGAUGCCCUCGUAACAUUAGGGGCAAGAGUUGAUAUUCCAGAGGAGGAGGCGACAAUUAUUAUCAAGAAGAGAACAGAGCCUUCAAUAAUACCCAAAGACAAAGACCUUUCGGAGGACUGGAGAGAAGAAGUCCUCGAACAACUCAGAAACAAAGUUGGAAAAUUGACUAUGGCCAGGCUUUCCCAAUUCAUAAUUAUUCAAGGUGAACUUUACUUCCGAGGAGGUACCGGAUUCCUAGCCGGUGUGUUGGCCAACAAGAAGCAAGCUUCCGACUACAACAGAUCCAUGAAAAGUCCUGCGGGGAUGGGGAUAUCAGUUUGUACAGAAGAAUCCAAAGACAAGGCUAUUAUUGGCCCGAGAUGGAGAAGGCCUCGAAUCAACUAUAGAGAGAAUGCCCCAAGUGUUAGUCAUACAUCCGGAAGGAUGAGAGUUGCUUUGAAAUUGAUACCCCUGACUGGAGACAAGUCUACAUUGACUAUCUCAGAGAGGGGACACUACUUGAGAGCUCGAGGGACAUUGCACACCUCAAGAGGAGAGCAAGGUGGUACUUUCUUGAUCAGAACAAGCUUUAUAGAAGAAGCAUUGAGGGCACUCCCCUGA